AUGCGGCAAAUAUACUGUAGGAUAGGAAGCCGGCGUUUCAGUUGGCCGAAACAGCGCUCAAUUAUACCUCUUUCUUGCCAACUGACAUCAACACUUGGGAACAUCUCUCUGGUAUCAGAAGUGGCUUACACAUUUAAAGUAGGUUUCCCUUUUCGGUUGAUAUACUCAUCUGCCGGGCGAUUUGGUUUCAGGAUUCCUAUAUGUGUACAAUCAAUUACACCAACUGCUACUUGAUCCAUUCGUUCGACUGUGCAACUGUGCUGUUCACAACUCUAUCCACAGUCCGAGAUACCGUUGUUUGACUAAGACCAAGUUCCUGACCAAUACCUUGUUGAUAUCCAAGGUCACCGAG